AUGACGUUACGAGCUUCCCGGGUGCUGCUGGUGGGGAUGAAGGGUCUCGGAGCAGAAGUGGCGAAGAAUCUCAUCUUGGCAGGAGUCAAAGGCUUGACCAUGCUGGACCAUCAGCAGGUUUCCCAAGAGGACACGCGAGCUCAGUUCCUCAUCCCCGUCGGUUCCUUGGGCCGCAACAGAGCCGAAGCCUCGCUGGAGCGGGCGCAGAACCUCAAUCCCAUGGUGGACGUGAAAGCUGACCCCGAGAGCGUGGAGAGCAAGCCCGAAGAGUUCUUCACCCAGUUCGACGCAGUCUGCCUGACCUGCUGCUCCCGGGAUGUUAUGGUGAAGAUCGAUCAGGUUUGCCACAAGAACAGCGUCAAGUUCUUCACCGGCGACGUUUUCGGCUACCACGGCUAUAUGUUUGCCGACCUCGGGGAACACGAAUUCGUGGAAGAGAAAACCAAGGUCGCCAAAGUCAGCCCGGGCGUGGAAGAUGGGCCGGACACCAAAAAAGCCAAACUUGACUCGCCGGAGACCACCAUGGUGAAAAAGGUGAGGUUGUGCUCUCUCUCUCUCUCUCUCUCCCCCCCUCUCCCAGUGCUGUUGAAGUUUCGGACGGACAAGGGCCGGGAUCCUUCACCCCAAAACUACGCCGAGGAUUCGAAGCUGCUGCUCCAGAUCCGCCGCGACGUCCUGGAGGCGCUGGGGGUCGGCGCCGACCUGCUGCCGGAUGAAUUCGUCAGGUGCGGUGGGGAGCCGAGGGCAUCACCGACGCCUCGUUAGCCAUUAUUGCUCCUUUCCCGCUGGAUCGCCGGGGUGCCGGAGAAGCUCCGGCAGC